CUCCCGGCUGCAAAGGGGCUGCUCCCGCUGCAAGGAGUCUGCUCCCCACGCUGCAAAGGCGCAGCUCCCGCUGCAAGGAGCUACUCUUCCCGCUGCAAGGCGCCGCUCCCCGCUUUGCAAAGGGGCAGCUCCCGCUGCAAGGCGCCGCUCCCCCCUCUCCAACCUGUUGUGGCCGCGGGCGGCGGUCCCGCGGCAGAGGCGGGGCAGCGGGGCCGGGGCCGCGGCGCAAGAUGGCGUUGGGGCGGCGGGGGAGCGCGCUGCCCGCCUAGAUGCGGUGGCGGCCGCUGCGCCCGGCGCCCCGCGGGGCGUACAUGGCGCUGGAGGACCUGCUUUGUCUCUGCUUCGCCGUGCUGGCCGUGCAAGGAAGGCUUUUGGAAGGAGAUUCCCUGGAGCUGAGCUGUAGUGCUGGUGCUGCAAAGGUGAUACUGGAGCCAAACCAAGUCGUGGUUUUGGACUGUAACCUGGCCCCUGUUGAGCAGGUGAUCAAUAUCACGUGGAAGAAGAAUGGGUUUCCAUUAGUGGAGGAGGAACAUCUAUACGUGCUUCCGAAUGGAUCACUCUUCAUCUCAUCCCAGGCUGUGGCAAAGGACAGUAAAUAUCCUGAGAGGAAUGGUGCUGAGGGUAAUUACUCCUGCGUGUCUCACAGCUCCCUAGGGGCUGUCACCAGUCAAACGGCUGCAGUCAGAUUUUCAACCUUAUCACACUUUUUCCAACAGCCAGAGUCGCAGACAGUGGAAAAAAAUGGCAUGGCCCGGUUUGAGUGUCGGAUUGAAGGACUGCCCUCCCCUGUCAUCACGUGGGAGAAGGACGAUGAAGCUGUUCCAGCAGAACCCAGGUUUAUAACGCUUCCAAAUGGUGUCCUCCAAAUUGUGGAUGUGCAGGAAAGUGAUGCUGGGGCUUACCACUGCGUGGCAACCAACGCCGCCCGAAAACGCUACAGCAAUGAUGCAGUCCUCAGUGUCCUAAAAGGUUCCCAGCCAGCAGGAGGAGAUGUCACCAUCAUCGCAGCUCCAGAGAACACCACGGUGGUGGCUGGAGAGAGCGUGGUGAUGGAGUGCAUGGCGGCUGCUGAUCCCACUCCCUUUGUCUCCUGGAUACGACAGGAUGGAAAACCCGUUUCUACAGAUGUGAUUGUGCUGGGCCGAACAAAUCUCCUCAUUCCUUCCAGCCAGCCCCAUCACUCCGGGGUGUAUGUCUGCCGUGCUAACAAACCCCAGACCAGGCAGUUUGUUACAGCCGCCGCUGAGCUCCGAGUCCUUGCUACACCCAGCAUCUCCCAGGCUCCUGAAACCAUCUCACGCACUCGAGCCAGCACAGCCCGGUUUGUCUGCAAGGCAGAGGGGGAGCCAGCCCCAACCAUUCACUGGCUGAAGAAUGGUGAGACCAUCCUCUCCAACGGGCGGGUGAAGGUGCAGAGCAGCGGCAGCCUCGUCAUCAAUCAGAUCGGGUUGGAGGAUGCUGGCUACUAUCAGUGCGUGGCCGAGAACAGCCUGGGCACGGCUUGUGCCACUGCCAAGCUCUCAGUGAUCGUGCGGGAGGGUUUGCCCAGUGCUCCCAAGAAGGUGUCAGCUGUGUCCCUCUCCAGCACCACAGUCCUUGUGUCCUGGGAGCGGCCAGAGUACAACAGUGAACAGAUCAUUGGCUUCUCAUUACAUUACCAGCGGGCUGUGGGAACUGAUAAUGUGGAAUACCAGUUUGCUGUCAAUAACGAUACCACUGAGCUGCAAGUCAAGGACCUAGAACCCAAUACCAAUUAUGUCUUCUAUGUGGUCGCGUAUUCUCAGCUUGGAGCCAGCCGGACGUCCUCUUCUAUUGUUGUUCAGACCCUGGAGGAUGUUCCUAGUGCUGCCCCUCAGCUGUCCCUGUCGAGCAUGACUCCUGGUGACAUCCGUGUGACUUGGCUGCCUCCUCCUCCAGAGCUGAGUAACGGCAAGAUAACGAAGUACAAGAUUGACUACUGUACCCUCAAGGAAGAUCAGGUCACAUCCAUUGAAGUGGGUGGAAACGAGACACAAAUCACUCUCUACUCGCUCCAUCCCAACAAAGUAUACAAAGUUCGCAUCGCAGCCAGCACCAGCGUGGGCUAUGGAGCCCCUUCUGAGUGGACGCAGCAUCGAACUCCAGACAGAGACAACCAGACGCAUGUUCCAUUUGCCCCGACAGAAUUAAAAGUCCGGGCGAAGAUGGAGUCUCUCCUGAUAACGUGGCAGCCCCCAGCCAACCAUGCCCAGAUAUCUGGCUACAAACUCUACUACCGAGAAGUGGGCCCAGAGGAAUCCAGCGAUGAAAGCCCUUUGGAUGGUGCUGAAGAUGACAGCUGGGACGUGGGACCCAUCAAACUGAAGAAGAAAGUGAAGCAGUACGAGCUGACCCGACUAGCUCCUGGGAAACUCUAUGAGGUGAAGCUGGUGGCAUUCAAUAAGCACGAAGAUGGUUAUGCAGCAGUUUGGAAGGGCAAAACGGAAAAGGCACCUGCAACAGCAGUAGAUCUCCCUGUACAAAAGGGUCCUCCACUGCCUCCAGUCCAAGUCUAUGCAGAGUCCAACAGCUCAACUUCUAUAUGGCUCAGGUGGAAGAAACCUGACUUCACCACAGUCAAGAUUGUCAACUACACCGUGCGCUUCAGCCCCUGGGGCCUGAAAAACGCCUCUCUUGUUACAUACUACACAAGCUCGGAUGAAGACAUUCUCAUUAGUGGGUUGAAGCCCUACACCAGGUAUGAGUUUGCUGUGCAGUCCAAUGGUGUUGGCAUUGACGGGCCCUUUGGCAGCGUGGUGGAGCGGUUCACCCUUCCCGACCGUCCUUCGACUCCUCCAUCUGACCUGCGGCUGCACCCACUCAACCCCUACGCUGUCCAGGUGCACUGGUGCCCCCCUGCCGAGCCCAAUGGCAUCAUUGUGGAGUACCUCAUCUUGUACAACGCCAACAACACGCAGCCUGAUGACAUGUGGACCUUGCUGACUCGGGAAGGAAAUAUCUUCAGCACUGAAGUGCAUGGCCUGGAAAGCGACACCAGAUACUUCUUCAAGAUGGGAGCAAAGACAGUCGUGGGAUCUGGUCCUUAUUCAAAUGUUAAGGAUGUGCACACCCUCCGGGAGAAGCUGUCGGAUGUUCUGGAUAUCCACUCUGUCACGGGAAUCAUUGUGGGAGUGUGCCUGGGGCUGCUCUGCAUACUCUUCUGCAUGUGUGCCAGCUUCCGCAACAGCAAGCAGAGGGAAGCCCUGCCAGGCCUGGAUUCCCAGGCAGCUGGCAACCACACUUACUACCACCGGAGCAGACAAGGGGUGACAGCUCCCAGUGCCACCUCGGAUUCACAUGAGCUGGAGUCCCUCAUGUCCCCACUCCCGGAGGAUGCACCCAUGCCUCUGGGGGACAUCACAGAACUGACAGAAGUGCACAGCCUCAUCCACACGAGCCUCCCUGAGGACAUCGUCCGUGGGAAGAGGAAGUCUUCAUGGAAUAAAUCAGCCAACCAGCCCUGGACAAACAGCAUCACCAGAUAUGGGGACACCAUCACAAAAGAGCCUCUCUCUGCUGUGAACGGAUCGCUGAAGCUCCCUCCCAGCGCGGGACAGAACCUUUUGUUACAAGCGCUGGUUUAUGAUGCUGUGAUGAAUGAUGCAAAGAAAAGCCACCUGCCAGCCAGCCUCCACCAAGUGGAAGCAGAGGUCAUUGUUCAUUCUGAUUUUUCAGCCUCUGACAGAGACUACGACUCCCAGCUGCACACUCUGGGGAACGAAGAGACAGAUACUGAGGACCAGGAGCCUGAAGAGCUCCCCUCCAGAGAGCUGGCUCUUCCCGGUGCUGCCGGCACCCAGCAGGACGCUAGCCAAGUGUUGGUGGAGUGCGUGAGCAAUUCUGAGGUCCAGGCCCAGGACGAGCUGCUGUGUACCAGCAGAAUGACUGACAAAACAGAGGCCAUUGGCAUCCGAGGGCUCAGCAAUGGCUUCCACAGGCACGGGGAAAGUCUGGAUUCAGUGGAGAGUGGAGAUUCGGACUCCAUCCAGGAAGGCAGGGAGGAUGUGCAGCCAGUCAAGUGCCAAUCACUUUCUCCAGCCGCAGAGGAGGUCCUGCUCUACAGUAACUCUGGUUUAACUAGUUCAUCCUCAGCAUCUGAGAACAUGGCAUGUGUCCACAGUCAUUGAAGAGUGAACUAAUCUGUUUUUGAUCAUGGGAGAGCUAGAAGCGCUAGGAGGGCCUGUCCCUGUGAGGUACCGCGUGCCUCGACUCACUGAACCCAGCGGGAGCUGAGAAGGCACAGCAUCUUACCAGCACAAGAUGAGGCCCUGUCAGCUGUACAUUCUGCCUCCAGCAAAUCAGGACUGGUAAGGACUCAUCUUCUUACUGCUGAAGCUGAUGGUUUUUGUGGGAGCAGGACUGAGCCAUCUGCCAAAGUGUGAUGUGAAACCGCGGCUAGGACAGUGUGUUCUGCGUUAGACUGGAGCUGUCACUGCACUGUAGUCCUCGAGGCAACUGGCAAGAUGUCUUCUAAUGCUGGGAAGAGGCACAGCACACCAAGCAAUUCCUCUCAACUGUCCCUUCACCGGAGAGCGCCUUGGCACUACCUACUGCCCACAGUGUUGGGAUGCGUUUUGUUAGAGGAGUCGCACAGAGGGGUGGAAGCUCAACACAAACACAGUGAGCUGUAACCACCAGCCUUUUCUGCCCUCCCGUGGUUAAAAGGAUUAUAAGGCUCUCUUUGUGCGCUACCGCAGUAACUAUGACUAGCAGGCUGAUGUAGUGGCCUUUUAUUACACACUCUACGAGUGCCUCUAACAACUUGUACUAUAUAGAACCUUCUUCGGUGUCUGGGUCAUUUCACCGACCUGGGCUUUGUGUUAUGUAGGUUCUUGUACCUAAUAUUUUAGGUACACAUCUGUCCUUUUAAUGUACAACAUGUAUUUUUAUUUCCUUGGAACAUCUUUAUAUUAUUUAAUUUUAUAAAGUGGAGUAGCGUGUGAUAUAGAGUAGCAUUUGUACUACUUCUCUCUUUCUUUUUUUCCUCCCUAACAACACAACUACCUCAUGUCUGUUGGAGAAAAAAAGCAGUUGAUCUACUCUUCUGUUAUAGCCCAUUAUAGGUUUUAACUUAUUCUUAUACUGCCUUUUUCUAAAGAAGAUGUUUGCACUGGUUGUUGACUCUUUUUUAAGGCGUAGUGCUGCAGAUCUGAUGUCUCUCUUGCUUCAUUUCUAAGUCUCUCUCUAGGAUACCAGCCCCACAGCUGGAGAAUUGGGCUGUGUUUCUCCGUAGGACUGUUUUGCAGGAGUUGGCCAAAGGAGACCGCUUCAGCUGGCGGGCUGUGGAUCCAUGUUUCCUCAAGAAGCUUACACUAACAAAGACAAAAAAGAACAAACAAUUGCAAAAGUAAUCUCGGGGACAUUGAUUUCUCUUUUUUGUGCCUAAGUGGAGACACCUCAGAUGAAUUUGAUUUCCAGAGAGCAGCUCUCAGCAUUCUGUGAGCAGUGGCCUUGCUGGAAGAUGAACCAGUGAAAUUUUCCAGUCACUCUGAAAAUCCCAGCCAAAGUGGUUUAGGGUUUUUUUUUAAAGACUAGAGAAUGACCAGAGCUUAAAAACUAAAAUUAAAUAUUUUCUCUCAUAAUAGUCUGGGUUUAUUAUAGAUAACGUUUGAACAUCACCCAGUGACUCUUUCUCUCUGACACUGUUUCCUUGCUGCUGAUAUGUCUCAGCCUGACCUUCUGGUGUGGGGCGAACUUUGUUCUGCCUUCCUCUUAGCCUGUUUGUGCCCUGUUCCAAGAGUGAAGAGUUUGACUGCAAACACUACAGACUGGACCAGCUCCUUGAGGGUAACAAUGAUGGGUAACUCUUCAUGGGGUGUUUGGUAAAUAUUCUGCCUUUCUGGAAGGUUCAGAUAUCUGGACAUUUGUUUAUUAAAAAAUGAGGCAAUAGGUGCCCAUCUCCCUCUUUUCCCCAAAGCUGUACUGGGAGCUAUGUGCUGAUCUGAGGUCUCAUAAACGAAGAUAGACUUUGGGGUUUUUUGAGGUGAAAUCUGGAGUGAGAUACCACUGCUGCAGCGAGGAGAGCCUCGCUCCACCAGCAUCCUACUCUUCCUGUUGGGCAGAGCCGCAUCACAGUGUGCUCUGUGUUUGGAGCUGAGCUGGACCAGCCUGUGUCCUUGCAAUCCUCCAUCAAACCCUGUUAGCUCCAGCUCUUCAGCAGAGUAUCCAAGCCUUCACAUGGGAAGGAUAUUGGAGCUUUCCCCUCUCCCCAUCGUACAGCAUCUCCUCCCAGCAUGACACACCAUUCUGGUAAACAGCUGUAUUUCCACUUGUUGCACUUGCUCUGUUGCUCCAGCUGCUGCUCGGUAUUUUGAGGAGUCUCUGAAAGGCUGUGGCACAUAGAUUGGAAAUCGGUGCCAGUGAGCAGGCUGGCAGGAGCUGGUGCGUGUGCUACCACAGCGAGGAGCUAGAAAGGCAAGAAACCAUAACUGGGCAGAGGAAGUGUGUAAUUAACCACCAGAUCUCACUGCUACAAGACUUUGUGAAACUAACAACUUAGCAGAUGAGGCAGUGAAGUGUUAUUGCGGGUGAUAAGGGCAAUUCCCAGUUCUAUAGGAGCAGAUGCAGUUGCGGAGGUAUAAUCCCUCCAGCUGGGCUUUAUUGCCAUAGGCUGAGGGGUGUGCCACAGUUUCUGGAGUAGCACUUUGUGCAUUCACCCUCUGCUUUGUCCGUGCUGACUUCAGCAAUCAUACCACCAUGGGGUGAGCAUUGCUAAUCUGCCGAAAAGCUAUCCCUGCCUGUCACUGAAGCCAACACAAGCAGGUUCAGUGUGGUGUCAUUCACCUGCGUCACUUUGGGCUGAUCAUCAGAUUGGAACGUUCUUAUAGUUGUGUGCUCCAAGAGCUUUGGGGGAGGGUAGGGGGGGAGAUGCAGCUGAGUACAAAUAAUUCUGCUAACACAUCACAAAAGUACUUUGUCUCCUCACACUGUGGCUUAUUCCGAACUUGUUACAACCACCAAAUUGUACCAGAGUGAAGCUCACAGCCUUUGGAUGUCCAAGGACUGUAGUGGCCAUGGACUGGUAUGCCAGACCUUGGCUGCAGAAAUCCAGGCAAUUCCCUCAGAGCUGGGAGAUCAGUGCUGAGCAGUUGCAGUGGCACUGCAUUCUCAGCACAAAUACGUGUCCACACAGAGUGCUGGGUGUCCUUUUCUAACUGGGCUGUAUCCCAGGUCCCUCCGGUCCUGAGGGCAUGUGAGAACCUCUCUACUCUGAGCUAGAAAUGAAUGGAAGAAGACAGAUAAUACACAUCUUGUGUGUAAAGCUGAAACAACCAGUGCAUAUAUUUUUUUAUCAUGGAGUAAGUAGCUUUCUGGCAGAUUCCUCACAGACACACAAACUGCUGAUACCUUUAAUUACCCACCAUACUUAAUCUAUGUUCCUACGCAUCAGGCUCCUAUUCUCCCUUUUCUUCCUUUCAGUAACACUAAAGAUUAUUGCUGUUCUACUUUUUGCUGGUGUAUAUUGUUUUACAUUGUUAAAAUGUCAGGUUUGUCUCACUGGCAUCAUUUUGUAGUAUUAAUGUUACCGUUUGGCUACACAACUGUAUAUUUCCCCAUGCUGCUGCAAGAGUCAUGAUUCUCAUCCUUUUAUUUCUUUGAAUUCCUUGUUACAUGAAAUACAUGACUUGGCUAAAAAUCUCUUUCAACUUUUUGUUGAUUUGAUUGCUUACUUAACAGACAGCAAGGUUCUGGUUUAAAUAGUUCAAAUGAGAUAACUUACAAUCUAGGUUUUGAGGAUUUUUUCAUUUCUAGCUAACAGAUCUGAGAUCAGCCCUUGAAAUACGCUCUGUAAGGAAUCAGCAAUUUAUUUUAACAGAAGGCUGUAUAUGGUUUUGAUCUCAUUAGAUAUAGGUGUUUUGAAGGGAUCAUCAUGUCUUUUCUAAUCAAUUCUUGUGUUAGAAAAGAGGGGUUUAGUCCAGCAGAAAUCUACCGUCUCAUUCCUCUGUUUUUGUAUUCCCCUUGCUUGUAUUUUAAAAUGGAAUUUCAUUUAAUUUUCUACACAGUGCAUAAGGAUGUGUAACCAGAACUUGAUCUCGUUUGAAGAUUGUGUCUGUGUUUGGUUCCCUGCUGUACUUAAUUAUAACUUUCUUUCUUCAGAGACUGUUCUGACUCCACAAAUACUCUUUAGUGUUUAAGAAGACAUUGUCCUCAUA